AUGAUGAGCAGCUUCGGUGGCUUGCAGAGCGGAGGCGCCUAUCAUCAUUACCAGGAGAUCGAGGUUGCCGACGACGGUAGCUUGUUGGCGGUCGUGAAGCAGGAGCAAGACUCGUUCAUCCCUUCACCACCGCACAAUAACUUUCCGGCCACAAUCGGUCAUAGCAUCCAGCAGCAGCAGCAACAGCAGCAGCUUCAGCAGCAUCAGCAGCAUCAGCAGCAUCACUCAAUGAUGGACGCACUGAGCAGCAACCCGAUGCUGACGACGGCCUCGAUGCCGAUUCCUCCGCGCAACAACUUGAACCACCAGCGCAUGAUGAUGGGUGGUGGCGGCGGGGGCGGUGGUGGUGUUGGGGGCGUUGGUGGCCCCGUUGGCUCGGAUCUGGAUUUCGCCGUUGAGAUGGAAACGUUCCGUCAGGUUGGCCAGUUACUGCACGAUGUUGGGGGUGGUGGUGGCGGCGGCGGCGGUGGUGGUGGUGGACCCGGUGGGUCCAUUGCGAACAACGCGGUCGGUGUCGGAGGGAUCGUGGGCAGUUUUGCCACCGUGUUGCCGACACAGAUAGAUACCAUCUUCACUAUGCAGAGUGGGUGGGAAAACACCAUCCUUACAUCCGAGGGCAUCGACAUCGGGACGAUCACGGUGCCGAUGAUGGACUCUUGGAACGUGUCGAACGGAAACGAUGGGUCGCUGGGGCAAAUAAUUUCCCCCUCGUCGACGACGUCUUCUUCAGUGACACAGAUUACGGAUGGCCAACAGCAGUUGCUGGCGCCAGGAGUCGUGGGACUGCCGGCCUCAGGUCUUGGCGGUGGCCAGCAAAUGAUGGAAGAGUUUGAGAUCUAUCCGCUCGACGACUUUGGCGAUGGGUUUAUGUGCAAUGAUCUCAACACGAUCGAUGGUCUGUUUCAUGAUGAUAUUACGCUGCUCGGGCAGCCGCUCAGUCAACAAUCGCCAAAUCUGAGCGGAGACAGCGGUAGCGGCAGUGCCAUCAUCCUUUCGCCAAGCCUCCCCCAGCAGAUCCUUGGCCGCUCCGGAGGUGGGUUGAAUCUGUUGGCUGAUAAUUCGCUCGGGGGCAGCAGCGCCAACAGUAACAGCUUGUCAGGAUUCAGCUCGGCAAUGCAGCUUUCGAACGAUCCGAUGGUAACGGCCAGCAGCUUCAAUGCGAUCAACGUGAGCAACAAUCUGCUAGCGUACGACGAGCAGACGCGCAGCUCGACCUCACCGUUCGAUCUCUACACGAAGCAUGAACCGCACAGUGCCGUCCAGUCGCCGCUCGCGUUCUCGCCGAGCAGCCACGGAUCGAGCCCUUCGAUCACCGAUGGCGGUGGCCUGCUGAUGAUGGGUGGCGGCGCCGGUGGUACUCUGCAGGCAGCUGGAGCACAGCAACUGCUCCAGCAGCAGCUGCAGAGUACGCUCAACAAUAACCAUGUGUACGGAAGUGGUCGUCGUAGUGGCGAUUCUAGCGGCGGUGGCCCCAGCCCGACCAUCAGCGCUGGGAAGCUGAUCAAGAACAACACCAAUAACAACAACAAUGAGUCAAUAAAGAACCAAAACAUCAGUGGCAGCGUCGGAAGCAUGGAACCACAGCAGAUGCCCCAGCGGGCGGCCCGGCGCGGUAUUAAUUUCAGUCGGAACAGUGGCAACGUCGGCCAGGUGCAGCAUAAUCCGAAGUACUCCACGCUGCAGCAGCUGCUGAUGAGCAACACGCCGGAGCUCCGAAGCGGGGGAUUUCUGGGCCAGUCCGUGCCGAGCUCCUCUUCCGGGUUGCUGAGCCCCGGAAGCUACUCGGGCCGUCGUUUGCUGCAGGCAGCGGCUGGUGGAUCCACGGCGAGCAGCUCGGUUGGUGGCGGUGGUGUUUCGGUUGGGUCAAGUGCUGGCACUUCCGGGCUCGGGACCACUAGCGGUGGUACGGUGAUAUCGCGCCUUUCUUCGUCCGCUCCAACACACAUCUCGGGCUUCGAGCAGAUCUGGCAACGGCGUGAACCACGGCCCCACCUGCUGUCAACAGGCAGUCUAGCCGAGGCCGGCUCGACGUCUUCCCUCAGCACCGGAGGUAUCCUCAGUCCGGAAGCUCCUGAUUAUUCACACGACGAGGGCUACUCUGACGAUAGCGACCAUUACGAAGAUUAUUCCAGCUGCGAAGAUUCCGACAGCGAGGACACAGGGCGCGUUUCGAGCAGCGUUGGCAGUGGCAGCAAGGCAAAGCGUUAUUUCUGGCAGUACAACGUACAGGCCAAGGGACCGAAGGGACAGCGGCUGGUGAUCAAAACGCAGGCCGAGGAUCCACACGUACUGAACGCGGUCACCGAUCCGGUCUUCAGUCCUCACUGCUCCGUGCGUGGCAUCAAGAAUCUACGCUUACAGCAUAGCGGCAAGGCGCGGAAGGGCGACGGUAACGAUCUGACACCGAACCCGCGUAAACUGCACAACAUUGGUAAGGAGCUGGACAAGCUGGGCCGCGUCAUCAACGACAUGAAGCCGGUAAGUGAGCUGCCGUUUAAUGCGCGCCCAAAGACACGCAAAGAAAAGAACAAGCUGGCGUCCCGAGCCUGUCGGUUGAAGAAGAAGGCACAGCACGAGGCGAACAAAAUCAAGCUUUACGGGCUGGAAACGGAACACAAACGCCUGAUGAACGGUAUCUUUCAAUUGAAGCAAAUUUUGGUGGGCAAGUACAACAAAACGAUAACGAUCGACGAUGCGGAAGAGUACAAACAGCAGCUGGACGGAUUGGUGCAAACCUCAUCGAAAAUCAAGAUUGCUGGCAACUCGACCGAAUUCGUGAACAAAAUGCUCGAAAAUAUUCGGGCCGGCAACAACAUUAGCAUCGACACGGUGCUGGAGACCUUCUAAGAGAACACAACUGUGACGACAAAAGUGUUGCAUAAGGUGGGGAGCGGGGAGAGAAGGGUUCGAAGUUAACCGACAAGAAGGACGUGUAUAAAUGGGGAGGGCUUUGGACACAAGACGCUCUUGUAUGAAUCAAACUGAGACUGUAAGUUUUUGUAAGGAUGCAGCGAUGGAUUUGCCACGUGAACCCCACCAAGAAUGAGUCAUUUGACAACUGCUUACGGCAAAUACCAUAUGACGCACGGUCAUACCAUGAAGCAUUACAAUACACAGCACAGUGGGUUUCGGUUUAACAUUGCCGAAAAGUUUGAAAUUGAAACGUAUCACGAUAAGAACACGGGGCGAGCGAAAGGAAGUGAAAAUGCUUACAAUUUUUAAUAUUAAAAGAUAAUUAGUGUCGGCGAGAAGAGUGAGAAUGCCACCACAGAGACGCCGCAAGAUGGUGCGAGUGAAGCGGAAUAUCGGGCUUCGUCUCGAGGUCCCGCCUGGCGGUGUUUGGGUGAUUUUUGAUAUUCGAUGUAAUGUAUGUGCGCAAAAAUUGCCACAAAGAAAGAUAUACGUAUAUAGUACGGUAGGUUAUCUUAUAUUUGAAUUUCAUAUACCGCUUAGUACUACUCUCCUACUCAGGCACCUUGUGUAUGUGCAAAUACGAUGGUAAAAUCAAACGUUUACCAAAACCUACCUUCUGCUGUCUUGAAUAGUGUAGUCUUUGUGUUUUCCAUUGUCACAAUCUCUGUCUAAUCAAGCGUUGGAAAUACUUGUACAUAAACUGAUCAACUCCAAUAAGGUUGCCUACCAUAGCAGGUAGAGUAACCACACACUUUCGCACGCUUUUCCAACCGUAUAGUUGCACCCUCAAACAUCCUCUUUUCAAAACAAACAAACAAACAAAUAAAAGCUACACACGGCGCUGUGUGUGUGGCUUGAUUGGUGAUCGGUAUAACCAAUUUGCUGGUAAAGCACAACGGACUGAGAUUUGAGGGCCCAGGCGUCAAACGUCGGCCAUACUGUAGAAACAAAACGGAAGAGAAACACAAGCAAAGGAAACUUUAAAUUCGUGCCACACAUCCAUCCAGUUGACCAAAUGCGAGGCAAAACUGCGAAACAAAACAAAGCAAAGCAAAGCAAAUGAAAUGAUGCUCAGGUUGUAACAAGUACAUUUGAAAUGAAACAAACGAUGAAUGGAGAUAUAUAAGGUUUUUUCUUAUGGAUUUUCGUUUUUUCUUCAAUUCGUGUCAACACAGUUUGUAAAACUGUGAAAAAGAACCGCGGUUCCAGUCAUGGGUAAUCGGUUGCCCGAGAAGCGCGUGCCACGAGACGUGAUUCCUACGUUACUCUCCUGGUGAUCCCAUCGCGGAAACAGGACACUGGCAAGUUCAACACAGCCCUGCGUAUAAAGAUAUAUAUACACACAUCGAUAACCAUUGAUACUGAUAACGUAUGUACCUAAAGCCACGCUGAAACAGACUAAACAUUUUCAAUACUUUAAGUUUAUACUUGUACGCCUAGUGGUAGUAGUAGUUUUAAGCAAACGAAUGCGACGUAACCCCUCGGCAAGAGAGAAUCCCCGGCAGGAAAGAGCUCUAGAGUAUAGGAAUUGUGUGAACAGUGGAAGUUUGAAACAUUAGACUCUAGGAAUGCGUUAGUAUGUAAUCAUCUACUUUUUCUCGUUUUGCUCUACCAUUUUUAUACUUCACUGUACUUGUUCUGUCCCUUCAGCAGAGAGGUCGAGGUCCAGUGCUAAGGGGGAGAACCAACAUUGAAUGGCCCUGCAAGGCUCUGCAUGAUGAAACAAUAUUUUCUCUCCAUUUUAUCACUUUAUAAUACGUAGUUGAUAGUUGUUUAAGAACAUUGCAGAAUCAAGAAUAUUACGCUAUUUCUUCGAACGUGAUUGAUGCGUUGGUCGUUCGUGGCGUCGUACGUUGAGAGCGAGAGAAAAGGCCAUGGUUAAGAAACGGGUUCGUUGAGGUAUUGAUUGUUUCCGCUUAGAGUUUUUGUUCUCUGUGUCUGUUGCUUCAGUUUUAUUUUCUAUAUCUUCCUAGUGGCCACCAUAUCGUAAUGGCACAUCCAUCGCGUAUCGAGUGAAACGGUUUUUUUUACAUGGAAAUGAAACAAUUAGGAUUUACAGCUUAACAAAUGCAUGGAGGUACCGUUUGUUUGUUCUGGUUAUCUUAGGUACUGGUUCCGGGUGUAACGUUGACGAGUAUCCUGGAGCGAUCGAGGAAAAAACGGGAAAGAAGACCCCAAGAAUUACUACUAUUUCCCGGGACCAGGGAUAUCGAAAAGUGUUAACGGACAGAUAUGGAAGGGCCGGGCAGAGUUUUUUUAAGCUGGGUGCGGGAUAGUUCCCGCCAUAAGGUAGAAAGCGCGUCGUUGGUAGGAAAAUCAGAUGCAAUUUCUAUUCAUUCGUCCGUUUUGUUUGAACUCGUUUGUAUCUGUUGUAGUAUUUUACAGUUUCGUUUUUACUUAAACCUUUUUUUGCACUUUCCGAACACCCUUGUUGUGGAAGCAAUAGUGCGGAAUGUGAAUGCCAUAGUUCUGUAAAUUACAGAGAGUCGAGGCAAGAAAGUGAACAAUCAAGGGAGAGAGAGCGAGAAUGGGCGAGAGCGCGAAGAGACGAAAGUGGCGAAGAAAAGCAAAAGGAGGAAGGCGAAAGACUACACCAAUGGUCAUUGUGUCUUCUUUCACCGCGGUUAUACCCAAUUCCUGAUCGCCUGCUGCCAAACUGCAUUUACUGGGCGCCACUACUGCUGGGCCCGGGCGAGGUGGUCAUGGUGAUACGGGUCAUCCCAAGAGAGACAGAUGUGAGAAGGGUGUUCAGCCGCUGCAAACCAACGCCGCGCGGUGGUCGUACCUACAGGUCCACGCACGCGUUCGUAGAGUGCAAUGCACGAGCACGGACUGUGCAAUUUCCGUACCGAUGUUUUUUGUACCCCUUUUGGAGAAAGCCACAGCAGUAAGCAGAGUAACUACAAAGCUGAUGAAAUAAUCUGUGAUUUUCGUUUAUAUAAUAAUACUGAGUGUUGUUACCUUCUAUUUUUGCUACUUUUACGGGAGCGUUUACUAUUUUUUUCAGCUAGAGGUUUGAAAUAUUUGAGGUGUUAUUUGUUUAAGAUUUUUCUUUUCUCCAAAUUACCAUUAUAUUACUUCCACGAGCGUGUGUAUCGUUAAACAUAUUUCAAAUUUUCUCCUAUGUUUGUCUAAAACAGUUAAAUUCAGUUUAUCUUUCAGUCUAAAACAAUUUUGUUUUUGAAAAUGGAAAGAAGAAUCGAUCGAGUAAAAGCGGAUGAUGGGUUCGGUUUUUCUUAGGUUAUAGCGAGCGAGCGAGCUUUCCGGUAGCGACACGAACUCUGCAGGUGAUAAUAAUGCUUCUUGCUUAAUCCACCCACCUUGUGGAAUUGCGUUCCCAGUUUCUCUUGUUUUUGUUUUGAAAUUCACAUUUUCAAUCGAAAGAAAUUUGUCGUAGGAUUAGGAAUGUAGCUUGUUAAGCGUUGGUUAGGCCUGUAGAAUAAGUUUUCUCUUUCGAAAAGCAAACAAACGAGGAAUGUAAAAGGAACGAGGAAUUAAAAUCGAAUGAAAUGAAUUUUCCUAUUGAUCUUUUCUUAAUUAGACGUUUAACGAAGGGCGGUCUCGUCGUGCGUGGAAAGCGUGUCGACCAGUACCGGUCUAGAUAGUUGUUUACGAUGCGCAAGCAGAUCGGGAGGGAUCGAGAUCAGCAAAACGCGAAGGUUUAUGUUAUGGCAUCGUAACGUAAUGUUUGUUGAACGUUAUUAUUACUUUCCCUUUGGCAUAUUUCAAUAUAUUACGUUGAAAAUCGUGAACUUCUUCAUCCAUCAAUCGUGUGUGUGGGUAUAAUUUUAAUCCUCAAAAUAUUCGCUUCGUUUGCUCUAGCCGGGUUGGAGAAGUAAAUUGAGCUGCUAUAAUAAUGUUCCUAAAUUCACACAAAACACGUACCGGCAAACAAGAAAGCACAGGAAAACAUUGGAAAGCUACAAAAUCUACCGUACAAUAUAUUUGAAUCAUACCUGAAAGAAUGCAGAUCCGGGCGGAAGUUAGUAGAAACAACCGUGCGAGUGACUCUGUAUCGAAACGAAAUGUACAAACGAUGUCAAAACAGGCAACGGCUCUAUCGGGUCGAUCCAAGCGUUGUCUGCAGGAAUUUCCGGUACCUGUUGUAACGUCAGAGGCGCAUAAUAUACUGAUUAGUUUUGUUUUGCCCUUUUCAUUCGGCACUUUUAGUGUCCGUUCGGUGCAGGAUGCGAAAAGAAGCUUCUCAAAGGGCUUAAAGUGAAGAAGUAAGUGUAUUGGCCCGGCCGUUUCUACUACCUCAUCAUAUCUGAAACGAACAAAGGACAAACGAACAUGAAUCGUGUUUCGGACAAUGGAACCCCCAUUCAUUCAUCUAACGGAGGGUCUUCACUUGACCCAUUGGUUGCAGGUUUCGAGCGAGCAGUGUUAGUUUCUGUUCCGUAGCACCAUACUACAAAGAAGCACCAAACAUACACAACGAAAAGGUAACCUUUUCGAACCAAAGUCGCCCCAAAUUGAAGCUAAAUUUGAUACGAAGUCCCAAUGAUAUAAUGACAGUGUGUAAAGUACGAAAUUCAGCAACUGUAAAAUAAGAAACAGCCUAGUUUCGGUGGAAAGCAGGAAUCGUAUCUCACUCGUGGAACGGUGGCGAAGAAAGGUAUUACGAACAAAGUAAAUGAGUAUAUUUUUUAUAGAAACACUUUUUUCCAAACCCAGAACCGCCGCGCGAGUGUCUCUGGUAUGAAUAGUGACGCACUCUUCUACACGUUAGGCACAAGUGCGAUUAACGGCACAGAAAAGAACGGAACGGAACAGCGACCAACCGUGCUGAAAAGCUCAGGCCAAUCGGCCAUGAACCAUGGUUCAUUCUAGGAUUCGUAGUUCUCCAUGUUUUGACUCAAAGGCGAACCAUUAUUAACACAACAAGUACAGAAUCCAGGGUGUGAAAGGGCAAACAAAAUGAAACACAUAUAAAGAUGACACUACAAACUGUAAUAGCUGUGCUUAUGGUGGAUUAAACACAAUAAAACUUUUAUCUGAAAUGCAGUAAUCGAUAAUAAAGGAACUAAAAACCGUA